AUGUCUAGCUUAUAUGACAAGUUGGGUGUUGAGGGUAGGGCUCUUCUUCGAGGAAAAGGAGGAGGAGAGCAGGCUUUUUCCGGUAAUUUUAAUUUCAUUAACGAGGCGCCGCAGGAACUAGACUAUGUUAUUGAUGAAUUACGCAAUCCUAAACCCGAUUUAACUAUUAAUAAAGUACUUGGCUAUAUGUACAACUAUUUGCCGUACAUAAAGCGCCAACGAAACUUGGGGCUUGUGUUAAGCAGCUUUUUAAACAAUACCGUUUGUUUUGGUGUCAACGGAACGGUUUCACCACCCUCCUUUGAAGAACUCUACCCCAUCAUUGAAGUUUUCAAAUUGAUUGUUGAUAAGAAAUUAAAAGUUUCACAACCUACUUUGCAGGUUAAGGAGUUUUACAGUAUAAUUGGCAGGGAACUCGAGCACUUUGUUGCAUUCAACCCUAUUGCCAAUAGCUGGAAAGUUUUGCCUAUAUUAUGCGGUAUUUUCUUAUCAAACCAGUUAAGAGAUGAGUUAUAUACCAAUUCCAAUUGGUUCAAGUAUAACUGGUUUUUCCAGGAAUGGGACAGCAAAAUGAAAAAUUUGUUUGUUAAUAGCUUACAGUACAGUUUAUCCAAAACUCAUUCGCAAACGAUUUUAAAUUUGAGCAUCACUAGUUUGGCAUUGGUGUAUCAGAGGAACGUUGAGAAUGUAAAAACUUACACAUCAAAGAUAGACGAUAGAUUUAUGGCUAAUACGCUUGUCGAUAUGAUUUUCGCUGACCCGCAAAUUUCUAUGAUUGUGUACCAAAAAUAUUUCUACUUGAAUCCAAACGAUCCAGAAGUAGAAACAAUUACCCAGAAACAAAUCUUGAAUAAACCAGUAAUUAAACAUUUGAACAGGUUUGCAUUUCUUUUGGCUGCUUACUUGAGUCUGUUGAAGUUUGAUAUGGCAAGGGCAGAACUAGUUGAUGAAAUAUUACAGAAAAUAACCAAUUUUAAUCAAAAUCUUUCACAAACUUGUUCGCUGUCUAUAUUCAAUUCAUUUAAUGCGUCAAAGGAGAACAAUCCUCUUUUCCAGCUGUUUUGGCAUUUUAUGAAAAACUUGUUGUUUGCUGAGAUAGCCAUAUUCCAGGGUUUGUUCACAAGGUUUCUCACAGGAAAUAACAAAUCUAGUAUGAUUUGGUUUAAUCGACGAGAUUUAGCUCUUGUUGACAGGGAAGGUCGCGCUGUGGCAUUAAAAGUGAUUCCCAACUUAUAUUACCUCAAUUUUAUCCUACUUUCAGUUGGUCAGGGAGGGUUUGAUAGUUAUAAUUUUGUUUAUUACCUCAGCAUCGAGUUGGCGUUAGGUACCAAGGAAUAUUUUAAACAACUAACAAUGCAAUUGAUUGGUAACUACCAGGAGGUCAACAUGUAUCCUGAUGUAUUAAACCAUAAUCACCUCAUGCAGCUGAAAGUACUAUUUGUUUUGGGUCUUUGGGAAAACUUUCUUCAACUGAAAAAUAUGCAUGAUGAGAAAUUCGCCAAAGAGAUUUACAAUAUAGUCAAGAGUUUGGCUGAUGACCGACAGUAUAUGAAUGAUGACUUGAUUGAAGCGAGCCAUUCCGUGCUACUUUUCUAUUUUGCCCACAAUGAAAAGAAUGUAAAUCUUGCCGAUUGUAUUGAUUAUGUCAAUAUACUUAUAAAGCAGUUUCCUUCAAGGAUAUCUGCAACCCAACUAUGUAUUGCCAUUGAAACUAUUGGGAAGAAGAUUUUGUCCAACCCACAACCGUAUCCACUAGGAGCUAAAUUUCUCAGCUCAGCUGAUGAAUUUUUUCAAUUUCUUGUUGAUCAAUGUGUUCCUAUCCAAACAGGACUUUCAAUUAAAAAACCUGAGGAAAAUCCAAAUUUUUCUUCGGCACAACCCAUCGCUCAAAUAGAAGCAAAUGCUACUUUGAACACAUUAGAACAAGAUAAGAGAUUGCAAAAUGAUGUAAUUAAUGAAAACAAAGCUAAAAAACCAAAGGAUAAAGUAGUAGGUGAUUUGUUAUUACCUCAUCGUCGUUCUGCGGAGUACGAGUUUAAACAGAGGUUUAUUCCCGAAACCGUAAGAGAAGCAGCAGUGCUUGCGUUGAUUAAUCUAGUACCGUAUUUUCCUAUCUCGGUGUUUAUUUCAUGGCUUGAGAAGAUUUGGAAACUAAUUAUCAAUAGUGAUCCACUUGAGAAAGAAUAUCUAAUUGGUAUGCUAUGGAAAGUUUUGAGCGAUAGUUUGGAUUCAAAUCGUGUUGAAUUGGCUAUUAGAUGGUGGUACAACGAUAAAAGGGUACCAGAGGCGAGUUAUGCAAAGAUGUAA